UUUAUGUAUAAAUGCAUGCAGUUUAAUCAUGGAGAAUUCAGUUCUCAGUCGACACUCGACACUCGACAGUCAUCGCUGACAAUGAUUACAAGCUACAUCGCCGGAUUGAUAAUUUGUUUGGCUUGGGCUACUGCUUCUGCAGUCGAAGUCACUACGAGUCUCGGUGCUAUACGCGGAAGUAUAUUAAAAUCACGUUUGGGAAAAGACUUUUAUUCUUUUCGGGGGAUUCGAUAUGCCAAUUCGCCAGUGAACGAAUUUCGAUUUAAACAAGCUCAACCUGUCAGCCCGUGGAAGCCAAAAGUAUUCGAUGCCACAGAAGAUGGACCAAUGUGUCCACAAAUACCAUUCAACUCGACGGAUUAUUCGGAAGAUUGUUUGCGUCUAAAUGUGUACUCAAGGAAUUUGGACGAAAAAGCGCUCAAACCAGUAAUUAUCUAUCUUCACCCGGGUGGCUUUUAUGCCGUUUCUGGGCAGAGCAAAUAUUUUUCCGGGCCACAACUGAUAAUGGAUCGUGAUGAUAUAGUUUUUGUUACAAUUAACUUUCGGUUAGGAACUCUGGGCUUUCUUGCUUUAGGGACUUCGGAUGCACCUGGUAAUGCUGGACUUAAGGAUCAAGUUCUGGCAUUUAAAUGGGUAAGAGAUCACAUACGCAAAUUCGGAGGUGAUCCAAAUUCCGUGACACUCGUCGGCUACAGUGCUGGGAGCUUUAGUAUAGGCUUGCAUAUGGCCUCACCAAUGUCUAAGGGAUUAUUCCAUAGAGGGAUAACAAUGAGUGCAUCGCCGGUUUCGCAGUACAGAUAUCCAAACGAACAAGUGGAUUUGGCCAAAAGACAAGCAGAAUUGGUUAAUUGUCCAACAAGUAAUAUUAAUGCUAUGGUGCAGUGUUUAAGAAAAACACCAGCUGAAGAAUUUGUUCGAACCCAUUACGAUAUGUUUGACUUUGGUUGGAGUCCAGUUUUGAAUUGGAUGCCAGUUAUUGAAAAGGAAUUCGGACAAGAUAGAUUUAUAAUUGAAGAACCACUAGAUUCUUUUCAGCACGGAAGAAUUCAGAGAAUCCCCUUGAUCGUCGGAAUGACCAAAGACGAAUUUGUUGGGAUUGGACACGAUGUUAUGAAGAAUGAGUCUAUGCUUCAGCAAAUGAACAAUGAGUGGGAUAGAUUAGCACCGAUAUGUUUCCUUUAUGAACGGAAUACCCCAAGAUCAAGAGAAAUUAGUGCUGUUUUGAAAAAGGAAUACUUGGACAAUAAGCCGCUUAAGAGUGGAGAAUCGUUCGAACCAUUGGGAAAGCUUUUUAGCGAUGGUCUCAUCGCGUUCGCGGUUCAUAGAUUUGCCCAUCUGGCAGCUCGAUACGUUCCAGUGCAUUAUUAUAAAUUUGCGUAUAAAGGUCGCUAUAGUCAUUUCAAUUAUCCUGCAGAUGAGCAAAAACCAUAUGGAACUGCUCACCAUGACGAUUUGAUUUACUUACUGCAUAUUCCAGUUUUGGCACCUUUAUUUAAAAAGACUGAUCCCGAAGAUACUACAAUCGAACGUUUAACUCGAAUGUGGACACAGUUUGCUAAAACUGGCGAUCCAAACAACCCAAAUGAUGAAUAUCUUAAAAAUCUGAAUUGGACACAGUUUAGUUUGAAAAAAGAAAAUUAUUUAGAGAUUGGAAACGAGCUGGUUAUGAAAGAAGGCCUCUUCUUAGAACGUUUUAGAAUUUGGAAAAAAUUAUUUCCUCUUAAGUGGGAUGAUAAACCAUGCAAGCGUGGUCGUAAUCAAAGCCCGGACUAUCCAGAGCCGAUAGAAUAAUAAAAAUGUAUAAAAGUAUCAAUUUAAAACAUUAAACAAAAAUGUACUCUUAAAUAAAGAUAAAUCUUAAUUCAA